AUGUUUACAUGCAUCCGGCUGUCUGACUUCCGGAUCCAAUAUGGCGGCUUUGAUGACGACAGAGAUAUCCGGGAUGACGCCAUAGAUCACGGAAGACCUUCUUUGUUCUACGCAGCAGAAAAGGGCCUGCCUUCACUCUGCGUUGGCUGUGGGCUUCAGAUCCGCGACCGAUUUGUGUUGAGUGUGUUUCCUGACAUGCGUUGGCACGUGGCAUGUCUGAAGUGCGUAGAGUGCCAGCAAAACCUGGACGAGUCUCACACCUGCUUCGUUAAAGAUGGAAAGCCGCUGUGUAAAAGCGAUUACAUCAGAUUAUACACCACCAAAUGUGCGAAAUGUCUAAAGCCCUUCAGCAGUCGUGAUUACGUCCUGCGUGCAGGAGUUAAAGUCUAUCACGUGCACUGUUUCCGGUGUGAACGCUGUGACCGGCAGCUGCUGCCCGGAGAUGAGUUUACCAUCCAAGAUGGUUUUCUACACUGCACUGGUCAUCAAAACUCCAAUCACAGUUUAAUAACAUUUACACAUGACUCAGCACAUAUGCCUGACCUGGAUAGGUGUGAUGAAGUCACAGACAUUUCCCAGUCAGGUGAAGAAUUUGACUCGGGCUGGCCCGUUGCACCAAUCAAGCCUGAGAAGACCGCACGUGUAAGGACAGCACUCAGCCAGUCUCAGCUCCAUGUCCUGCGCACGUGCUAUAGCGCAAACCCGCGUCCGGACGCUAUGGUGAAGGAACAGCUGAUGGAGCUGACGGGCUUGAGUUCACGUGUUAUUCGCGUCUGGUUUCAGAACAAACGAUGCAAAGACAAGAAGAAGGGCAUCCUGGAGAGACAGAUGCAGCACAAGAGCAGAGAAAAGAUCGCUAUGGCAGAUGAUCCGUUGUUGGCCAUCACUCCUGAGAUCCUGGAAUUAGACUCACUGAUGCAUCCUCUGGACCUGCAGAGUUUCCAGCCAUCUUGGAAGCUCCUAAUGAGUCUCUUGCAUUCAGACAAUGAUCACACAUUUGAUCAAGAACCGGUGGCUCUCACCCAACUACAUCAACCCUAACUUUCACCGCCAGUGAACACUAAAGAGAGUGAAGUGCAUAAGUAGGAUAGAAAUGUGAACUAGUGUUGUUGUUUUUUUACAUAUUCAGGAUUGUAUUUAUUUAUUUAAAGUGAUUUAAAUUUUCCAUGGGUUAAAAAGAAAGAAAACGAACGUAAAAUCAUAUUGUAAAUAAUAAUGAUGUAGAAAUGUCUUAAGA